CGUCACUGCCAAACCAGUUGUCAGUUGUCGGCCAGCGGCGACGGGCGUGUAUUGUGUUUGUGCGAAGUGCGCGGAGCUCCGACAAUGGCUCUGCUAAGACGACUGGCCGUGAACGCGCCUAGGAACGUCCGAGUCCUAUCCUCCGCGCCGUCUCCACGUGACGACCUCGACCUUAACUUUAACAGUCCGAAAGAUGCGUUCAAAAGUAAGAAGACCAGCGAACUGGUGCGGGCGUAUUUCGUCUACCAGAUAUGUUCCGUGAAUUGGAUCGUAGAGAAUAAUGCCAUGUUAAUGAGGAGACUCCGACAAGUGGUCGGGCAGAGGUUGUUCGAAAUCAUCAUGAAAGCGACCUUCUACGGACAGUUCGUCGCCGGUGAAGACCAGAACACCAUUCGGCCGACUAUUGAUAGGUUGCAUUCGUUUGGUGUGAAAUCAAUCCUCGAUUACUCCGUGGAGGAAGAUAUCUCCCAGGAAGAAGCAGAGAAGAGAGAAGUCAGUGCGUCGAUAUCGGAGAGCGGCGACAAGCAAGAGGAGGGACAGUUGAAGCAGUAUCACGUGGAGCAGCGGUUUGCCGACCGCCGCUACAAAGUGACCAGCGCCAGAACAUACUUUUACCUGAACGAGGCGUCCUGCGAGAAGAACAUGGAGGCGUUCUUGAAGAGUAUUGAUGCUGUCGCUGGCGUAACUAAAAGCACGGGUCUUAUGGCCGUUAAACUCACUGCGCUCGGCAGGCCUCAGUUGUUGCUCCAAUUAUCAGAGGUGAUAAUGAAGGCUCGUAACUACAUGCAGCAGAUCGGUGGUGGUACUGGUAAUGUACUAACCCACCAUAAGACGAUUGAAGACUUCCAGAGGUACUUCGGCAGUCACAGCAACAAGCCAGAGGUGCAAGAAUUUAUGAAGAAAAUCACCUCGGACAAGGAGGGAAUCGUCCACCUGUUCCCCUGGUCGAACAUUCUCGAUAAAGACAUGGGUCUGUCUGACUCGUUCCGGGUGCCAGACCCCAAGACUGGUCAGAUGAGACGACUGAUCUCCCAGAUUUCCCCCAAAGAGGAGGAGAUGUUCAGAAACAUGCUGCGAAGGUUGAACCACAUCAUCCAAGCGGCCAAUGAAGUGGACGUGAGGAUCAUGAUUGAUGCCGAGCAGACGUACUUCCAGCCUGCCAUAUCGAGGAUCUGUUUAGAAAUGAUGAGGAGGUAUAACAAAGACAAGUUCCUAGUGUUCAACACGUACCAGACCUACCUGAAGAACACGUACAACGAGAUCGUGACCGAUCUGGAGCAAGCUCAGCGUCAGAACUUCUAUUGGGGCGCGAAGCUGGUCCGAGGCGCGUAUAUAGAGCAGGAACGCGCUAGGGCAGCAGCGAUGGGCUACGAAGACCCUACGUGCGAGAAUAUCGAAGCUACCACCACAUCUUUUCAUAAAUGUCUUAAGGAGAUUCUCAGCAGGGCGGAGCAGAAAGGCCGGUUAGGCAUCAUGGUCGCCUCCCACAAUGAGGACACCGUCAGAUAUGCGAUCCAGCUCAUGAAGGAGCACAAUAUCAAGCCUGAUGAUAAGGUGGUCUGCUUCGGACAGCUUCUGGGCAUGUGCGAUCACAUCACCUUCCCUCUAGGCCAAGCCGGCUACUCAGCCUACAAAUACGUACCGUACGGCCCCGUUCUCGAAGUUCUGCCGUACUUAUCGCGGCGCGCCAACGAGAACCGCGGCUUCCUCGUCAAAAUCAAGAAGGAGAAGAGUCUACUCCUCAAGGAAAUAGCCCGUCGUAUCUUUACCGGCCAAAUCUUCUACAAACCAAAUGGCAAAUAUACACCUGUGUAAAUAUUUACCUCCAAUCAACGCGUCAUAGUCUAAUUUCUAAUUUGCGCUGUACGGAGCACACGCUUGUCGCGUGUAAAUUAAAUAUAGUCCAGUGUGUAUUGCGAAUCAAUUUAAAAUCGAACUUGUAACCAAUUGUUUAGGAUUCGUAUUCGAGUGCAGUGCCCUUGGACAACGAUCUAAUCCCAUGGAAUGAUUGGAGAUAGUGUGAGAUAUGGCUAAAUUAAGUGUAUAAAUUGUUUUAGUGCUUUAUUCAGUAUUUUAUUUAUUAACGAAUUUAAUUUAUCAACGCUUAUUUCAGUAGAGUUACGUAGGUCGCUGUUAUAAACAAUUAUUACGUGUUAAAUAGUCAUUGAGUUUGUACGUCCUUGUAAUUAUAAUGGGAUUCCGUUAAUUAUAUUGCAGGGUCGUAUUUGAAAUGUACCGCCAUAUUUAUUAUAAUGUUUAAUUUUUAUUUAUUUAUUUAGAGAAAUGUUUGUGAUGAACGUCAGUGAAGAUACAAUCGGUCAAUUGGUAGUAAUAGUACGCGAUGACAUUUGUCAAUGUGACAACUUUCUUAUUUUUAUUAAAUCCAUGGGUCCAAGUGGUAAUAUGGGAGACUUUGUGACGACACAACCAGGAAAUACAGAUUUGGCGAGAGUGACGGAUUUGUCAUAGUGACAAGUGUCAGCCGUGUACGCUAACUCUGACUACUCUCAUUUUGUUGUACAUGGCCAAAAUAUUUCACCGCAACUUGGCUUGGUAAUGCAUCUUUAGAUUGGCUUGUCAGGCGAAAUUUUUCGAUUUCUGUUCAGACAAUAACAUGUCGAGUUCUGUAGUGUCAUUAGAAUAAUAGGAGGUUUAAUCUUCAGUAGUGUAUUGGGAUCGGUAUUUCAUUGUGUGAAUAGAUUAAUGAUUGUGAAUUAAUGAAACCAAACAUGCGCCGGUCGCACUGUCUCAAUUCUCAUUUCUAUUAUACUGGCUUUCUAUAGAACGUGAAUAUGGUGAAGUUUAGUACACCAUAAUAAAUACCAGUAAUUAAAGGACACAAUAGUAGUUGACUUAUGACUACUACAUUUAUAUCAUUGAUUGAAACUGUCAAUUUAACUCAAUAAUUUGCUCAGUAUAUUGAACAAUAGCUAUUUAGGAUCCGACAAUAAAUUAUUCAAUUAAUACAUUUCAAACAAAAAAAUAAUUUAAAUUAUAAAAUAAACGAAUGUCAAUGAAAUAACGUUACUAUUUUGAAGAUAAUGAAUAAUCAUUAAUCAGGAGAGAUGAUGAAAAUAAUUUCAUUAGCGCAGAUAUGCUAAUAAAAUAUUUAUUAUUAUCAUCUCAGUUAUAAUCGUUACUUAUGGCGUUCGUAAAUGUAUUGGACUGUUGAAAUCAGUAGAUAAAUCAGCUUAGAAUGACGAUUCUUAGUUUUAAGACAGUUCAACAAAAUAAUUAGUAUGAAUCUCACUAAAGUUUAAUAUGAAAAGAAUAAAGAAAAUAUCUCGUGAGUACAAAUAUUCACUCAGCGGUUUGUACGAGUAUUAAGUUCUUUGGGAAUUUAUCAAUGAAGCUUAAAAAUCUUAGUUAACAAAUCUGUUGCUAAAUCAAAUUAAGUUAUUUAAAGUGUGACUAGGUUUUUCGAACUCCUUGGGAUUUCAUUGUUAGCCAUCACGGCAUUACAGGUAAAAGAAUGUUUAAAUGAAACGAUUUUUGUUUGUUGAGGUUAGGUUAUGUUUCAUUAAAUUAAGUAGGUCAAAGCAAUCUAUAAUUUAUUUAUAUUUCUCUCAUGAUUAAUUUAUUAUGUUUAAAAUUUUUAAUGAUUAUCUUUCUGCGAGUUUACGAUAAACCGAUCCAUAUUAUUAUAAAUAUUAAAGCGGUUAGGUAUUAUUAUUUUUAUUGUAAUGAAAUUAAUUCAUUUUUAAUGAUAACUUCAAUAUUUACCAGCUUAAUCCUUAUGUAGUGAUUUUGAUCGCAGUUCCUAACUAACUUUAGGUUCAACAAAAGCUUAAUAGGCAUGUAUUUUCUCUUUUAUGUGAAACUAUUGAUAGUUGAAUGUGUUAUUCAUAAAGUUACAGUAAUUGUUGAAUUAAAAUAAUGUUUGGAUAAUUAUUUUAAGUUAUUGUAAACUUUGUAAAAAUAAAUAAUUACGUAAGUAACAUGCAUUACGAGUGUAUGAGGUACUACAAUUAUCUAUAUUAUAAUAUACAUCAAUAGAACGCAUGACUAUCAAUUAGUUUUCUUUAUAUUAUUUUUAAUAAGUAUGUUUUAUUAUUGUUUUUAUUUAUGCAAUGUGUAAAAUGAUUUGAAUCCUUUUUUUUUCUUGUAAAUUUUAUUUAUAAACGAUUUAUAAUGUUCGGCUAAUUAUGUGAUGCUAUUUUUAGAUUAUUUUACGUAUAGACUUUUAAUAAAGACAAGGAUCGUUUUCAUGAGUUUUUUUUUUAAUUAUUUUUAGUAAAAUUUUGUUUUCCUUACAGUUUACAUGGGGUUUGUAAAGCUUAUUAUUUAAUUAUAGAAACAUUUAGGUUUUAGUUUGAUGAAUGAAAAGAUCUCACUUUAUUACAGCUGUUUGUGGGUGUCAUUGAAAUAUAUAAAUACGAUAAAAACAACUUUAAUAUAGCACUAAUAUAAUAAUUGCUAAUCAUAUUAGAUUAUUUUUUUUAUUUUUUUAAUACUUUAUUGCACCAAUAUUACAGGACUUUUUAAAGAAUUUUCAAUAAGUUUUAUUUUGUUUCUUUUUAUAAAAAAGCCUUUUCUUUCGAAAAUAAUAUCUGCGCGUAAAUUGAAUAACUUUUCCAACAAAGUUACCGUAAAUGAAUAAAUAUGAAUGAAAUAUUAUAUAAUAACGCCAUAAUAAACAAUGAUAUUAUAAAAGAAGAAAUGUAGAUACAUUACAAGCGCGCCAAAAAUCAAAUGAUAUAAGAUGAAGCUGAUUAGCACUACAUAAAAAUAACUAGUCAUUAUACUUAUUAUUUAUAUUGAUUUUUUUAACUCUUUAUUGCACCAGAAACAAAAAUAUACAAUGACAAUUGUAUAAUUCAAGCGAAAUACAUUAACAUGAAUACAUAUUGAAAUAUAUACAUAAAUGUACAAAAGGCGGUCUUAUUGCUAGGGCAAUCUCUUACAUACCACCUUUGAAUAAAUGAGAACAUAUAGAAGUGGAAAGCACAAGAGUGAAUUAAUACUUUUUUAUUUUAUUUUUAUAAUUCUAAUUAUUUAUUUUUUUAUUAUUUGACAAUAUAGUAUAAUGUAUGUGUGUUGUGCUGUUGAUAUGUUCGGAACUUGAUCCAUUUGUUUUAUGAGCGUGUAAUAGUUUUUUUUUUUUUUUAUAAAAAUAAUUAACGUAUUACAAUGCAAUGCGGAUCAUUAUCAUAAUUAUGUUGAUAAUUGAUCUGUGAAAAAAUAAAUUUCUAUUUAUUAUUCAUUAAGUGUAUCCCUAUCUCAUUUCAUUAUUCAACUGAAUCAUUUGUGGUAUCAUUGAGUAUCUAGUAAAAGCUUCAAUUUAAAAUAUAAUAAUUCUAUUCAAUUUUGUCUAUUACCUAUAUAUUUCAAUUUAAUAUAUAGGUAAUAGACAAAAUUGCAAUAUUAAUGUGGAUAUUAAAUUAGAAAAAUGAUUUAUAAAUAUCUUUCAUUAAAACAAAUCCUCUAUCUCAUUUCAUUAAUUAAUCCAUAAAAAAACUUUUGUAUCAUUUUCUCUCAAGUCAACAAAUGAUGAAUAUUAUAUUACAAUUUGCAAAAUAAUUUUCUAUUAUAUUAUCAUUACUUACUAAAAUACACGUAAAAAGCCCCCCUAUCUCAUUUCAUUAAUUUUAUUAUUUUAUGAAAUUUGGUCAUGUAAUUUCAUGAUAAUCAUGAAGCCGCGAAAAGGCAAAAUGUAUUGUAGAGAUAUUAUACAAUUUUAUCAUUAUUGAUAAGACUUAGAAACGACCCUUAUUAUUUUCGUUUAUUCCAAAUACUUAGAUUUAAAAUUAAAUUAGUACAUAUUAGGGUACAGUUAUAUAAGACAAUAAUGUUUGUAUGUUAUUGUAUGAAUUGUCAUUGAUUAUUAUUAACAUUAUAAUAAACCACUUAAUGUGUUUAUCUAUGCCUAUUUCAAAGUCGUUAAAAAUAAUUAUUAUAAUAAUAGGGCAUCGUUAUAUUUAUUCAAAUGAGUUAAAAAAGAAUUCACCUAAUUUUUAAAUAGUAAUAACUUAAAUAUAAUUAAUUUAAAUUAAAAUGAAUUUAAUUUAGUUAAUUUAAAGUUAAGUUAAAUUUCAUUAAUUGAAAUUUUAAAUUUAAAUUAAUUUAGAGUGUAAACUUUAAUGAUAUUUGAGGAUAUUAUUAUAAUGUGAUAGAAAUAAUAUUAUCAUUAUUACUUAUAGAGCCCUCAGCCGUUAAGACAUAUUAGUUACAUGAUGCUUUGCAAAUAAUAAAUUGUCAUUGAAUUAAUUUGUGUUAAAAAAAUAUUAUUAAUUAUAAAUACUAAAAAAAUACUGGCAAAUGGCGUGUGUUGAGCGUAGCUUGAGCUUUUGUUAGCAAUUAGAGACGACACUUUGCAGUGGAUAUUAUUAAAUUAAAUAACAUCCUGGAAUAAUAAACUUUUUCUAACCAACUUUUCAAAAAUAGGAUAUCUCAAUAUAAUUACUUUUUUUGUAUGUAUGUUAUACGAAAACUUUGUAAUUGUGAAUUGUUUUUAAUUAAUAUUUUUCCCCUGCACUCCAUUUUGUCAACAUUUUCUUGGUCGGUCUCGAUAGGCAUCCAGCUUAUGAGUUAGUUAUGUAUUAUGAUAGGUAUUAAUUUUUUUAUUUAAGAGUUUCCUCUUGUCCAGGCAACUAUUUCAUGUAUUCUUCUCCAACUAGCUCUACUCUAGGCCAAGUCCUUCCUAUACGAUAUGAUACCUAGACUUUUUUUAUUUGUCUAAUGGAGGUAUUUCUCAGCCUUACCCUUCCUCUUUUGUCUUCUAUUUUUCCUUAAAGUUUGAAGGGCGGGAUAGGCAAUUAAAUUAUUGAGUACAGAUUGUCUACGAUAACAUGGCACGCCCGUUCAAAAUCCAAAGAAAUCAAAAAGUGUAAGUAAAAGCACAAGGUUUCGAUCAAGGAAUACUCUGUAAUACUCUAUGCCGAAUCAUUACUGAAGACUUUUUGUUUAAUGGUAUGCCCUCAAGUAUAAAUAUGUUGUCUCAAUUGUUACUCGGAUUUAUUACGUAAUAAAAACCGUCGACAUAUAAAAUUAUGGUUUUUUCAAACACGCUUGAUGAAAGAAGAAGAGUGCUUACUCUUCAACUAGUGAUGAUCCUGAGGAGAACUUUUUUUUUGUAUUCGGCACGCUCAGUAAACAAUUAUUGAUAUGUCUUUCUUAUUAAUUAACAAUUAAAAACAAAAAUUUAUAGUUAAAUUAGAAAUAUUUUUUGUCUUAAUCAGUUAUAUUAUUUUGUAUUAUUACUACUUAUUACGUAGUAUAAUUAAUUUUUAAUCAGUUUUAUUUAGAAAUGAGUUUUAUCCGCAACUUCACAACCGUGAAUUUUAAAAAUAGGAAAAUUAAUGAAAUAUCAUUUCAAGAAAACCUUAGAUUAUAAUCUAAGGAUAAAACAUACGCCAGUUUUUAAGUUCGACUUUUAGAAAUACAACUAUUUUAAACCGCAUCCAAUUCGGUGUAGUAGUUUUUACGUAAAGCCGGAAUAAACACACAAAGAGAUACAAUAAUUAUGGUUAUUAUUACUGUAGUUGUUCAGUAGCCACUGAAAUUAGCGUUAUAAUAUUGUUCAAUACCAUAGCACAUGUUGAGUGGGAGUCUCAUUCGGGAUACACUGAAGCAAAGAUGGGUAAUAUAUGUAUACCAAUAUUUAUAUAUUUUAGUUACAAUAUCUAUAUACUGGUCCCAUAAAGAAUAUGUUAAAAGUUUGUUAUCCAAUAUUAUUUUUUGGAUAACAAACUUCUAACAUUCAUUCGACCGAUAUUGGCGACGUUGAAAUAGGUGAUGACCUUUUCCCGCCAUCAAUGUCCAGAGAAACCCAAUAUAUAGAUAUCGGAUCGGUAUCCAUAUCACCCAUACUUACACUGAACUGCUUCAAAUGUUUAAUAAAUAUUUUUCGAUAUAUUUCUAAUAUGUUGGUUCUUGAUUUAUUACGACUUUUGAUCUGACUCCAAGAUUUUUAUUACUGAAUUUUGAAUACUCGAACGGAGAAUCAUUUUUACCCUUGAAAUAUGUUUUUUUAAGAUACUUUUACGGCUUUGGAUGUUUUAGUUUAAUAUCUAACAGAAAUAGUGAUGGGACAUCGCUAGAAGUCGAUCGCUCUCGACUAGUGGUGCUCUUGAACAAUUAUUAUUUAUAAAUAAAUGUAAGUAAUGUGUCAAAUAUAAAAAAAAAAAAAAAACAAUAAUUCAACUGCAAAAGUGUCUACAGAAAAUGGCUUGAUUACAAUAAUUUUGUUAGUAGCGACGGCGAAAUAUGGCUUAGUUUAGUCUAGUCUUAUAAUGAAAUAAAGUACGUGUUAAUGUUA